CAGUUGAUUUUAUUUUUGUAACCCAUCACUUUUGCUUUUGUUUGAGUUUGAGAGAGUUUUCUUGUUUUUUUCAAAGGAGCUUGCUGGAUUAGAUGUGUGCCUACAUCCAGAGUUUACACAGAUAGAUUGGUCUGAUUACACACAUAAAAAAAAAAAUCUUUAUUUAUACGUACAGAAUUGUUUUUUUUUGUGGUCUGAGCCUCCUGGAAGAAUGUCUGAGAGCAAAAGCAGCAGCAAAGCAGUGAAAUUCAUUGCCCCGCCACCCCCUGUUUCUUCUGCCUCCCCUUGUCCAUCACCCCAGACCCCCCACAAGAAUGUGAACGGCUCUGCCAGUUCAGACUCGCACGUCGUGGAGAAGCUCAGCGGACAGCCUGAGGUCCAACGUCGGCGCCACACCAUGGAUAGAGACUCUAAAACAGCCGAGCACCGUUUCUUCCGCCGGAGUGUGAUUUGUGACUCCAAUGCGACAGCUUUGGACCUGCCCAGCAAAGCAGCUGUGAUACUCACCUCACCACCGGACUGUGAAGGGCCUCCCACCUUCUUCUCUCCGCAGCUUUCUGGGUCUGGACCUGGGGAUUACGAUUCUGACGGCGAGGAGCCCUCAAGAGGUUCCUAUUUGCAAGGCGUCACUCUUCAGCCUUGUCUUGGCCUUGGAGGGGCAGUUGCAGAGGGGCACGUACAAAAUGCUAAGCAAGAUUUAAGUGUGAGCAUCACCGCAGCCGCUGCUCCCAGCAGCAGCAGCAGCAGUGCUGAACGUAGUGCAGACGGGGCAGUAAAAGAGCCCAGCCCGACAGUAUUGGAUGUUACCGACAAAACAGUAAGCAAACAGCCUGACGUUGUGUUGCGUCCCAGAGGGCCCCAGGACACGCAACAAGUGGCGAAAGACGGAAAGGUGGACGAGGGAAUCGUUAGCAGUCCGACAGAGGAGAAAGACAGAGAGACGGAGGAGGAGAAGGGGUUAGCGAAAGCCCGGGCAGAGCAGAGGGAAGCCGAGAAACGAGUGCAGGAUGAUAUAGAGGAGGCCGAGACGAAAGCUGUGGGGACUUCACCAGACGGACGCUUCCUGAAAUUUGACAUAGAGAUUGGAAGAGGCUCUUUUAAGACCGUGUACAAAGGACUGGAUACAGAGACGACAGUGGAAGUGGCGUGGUGUGAGCUGCAGGAUCGUAAGCUGUCCAAGUCGGAGCGUCAGCGGUUCAAAGAGGAGGCCGGGAUGUUGAAGGGUCUCCAGCAUCCUAACAUUGUCCGCUUCUACGACUCCUGGGAGGGUCCCUGCAAAGGAAAGAAAUGUAUUGUUCUCGUCACUGAGCUCAUGACAUCUGGCACAUUAAAAACCUACCUGAAGCGCUUCAAGGUGAUGAAAAUCAAGGUCCUUCGUUCGUGGUGCAGACAGAUCCUGAAAGGCCUCCACUUCCUGCACACCAGAGCCCCACCCAUCAUUCACAGAGACCUGAAAUGUGACAACAUCUUCAUCACAGGACCCACGGGCUCGGUGAAGAUCGGAGACCUGGGUUUAGCGACGCUGAAGAGGGCCUCCUUUGCCAAGAGUGUCAUCGGUACCCCAGAGUUUAUGGCUCCAGAGAUGUAUGAAGAGAAGUACGAUGAAUCCGUAGACGUCUACGCCUUCGGGAUGUGCAUGCUGGAGAUGGCUACCUCAGAGUACCCAUACUCUGAAUGUCAAAACGCUGCCCAGAUCUACAGAAGAGUCACUAGCGGAGUGAAGCCUGCCAGUUUUGACAAGGUGGCCAUUCCUGAGGUGAAGGAAAUUAUAGAGGGCUGCAUCAGGACAAACAAGGACGAGAGGUAUGCCAUAAAGAUCCUGCUGAACCAUGCAUUCUUCCAGGAGGAAACUGGGGUCAGGGUUGAACUGGCAGAAGAAGAUGAUGGGGAGAUGAUUGCUAUCAAACUUUGGCUCAGGAUAGAAGACGUCAAGAAGCUGAAAGGUAAAUACAAAGACAACGAGGCCAUCGAAUUCUCCUUCGACCUGAACAAAGACGUCCCUGAAGAUGUGGCCCAGGAAAUGGUUGAGUCAGGCUAUGUUGCUGAGGGGGACCAUAAGACCAUGGCCAAGGCCAUCAAGGACCGUGUGUCUCUAAUCCGAAGGAAGAGAGAACAGAGGCAGCUGGUACGAGAAGAACAGGAGAAGAGAAAACUGGAGGCAGAACAACAACAGCUGCAGCAGCAACAGCAGCAGCAGCAACAAAAGCAGCAGCAACAAGAGACACUCAAAGCGUCACACGCACAGGCAGAGACAGAGGAGGCGGAAGUGGAGCAACAGCAACUUCACUAUCAGCAGACCGGCAUCUCACACACUUCUGAGGGAGGUGUGGACAGUGGACAGGGUUCCUCAGUUUUCUCCUCAGACUCCCCCCACCUGGGUCAGCUGACCAUGUCGUACAGCUGCCCUCCUUCUACCCAGCCCCCCUCCCAGCCCCAGACCCCCUACCCUCCUACCCCCUCCGCUCCCCCGCAGCAACACCCAGGCUAUCAGCCGCAGCAGCCCAUGCAGGUUCAGACCCCGACCCCUCAGCCGGCUCCAGGACCCGCUCUGGUUCCUGCCACCACCCAGCCAGCUCCUCCUGGAGCCUCCCAACAGGUUGUGCCAUCGAGCCAGAGUAAUACAUCACUUCAGAGCCCCACACACACAGCCCUGCCACAGGCGUCUGCACAGUCUGCCUCACAAUCUUCAGAGCUGUCACAGUCCCAACUACAGCCACCGCAAGUUCUCUCAUCUAUAGAGAGUGGCCACUCUGAGACCUCAGGUCUGAGUGACGGCAAUGAAGGAGGAGGAGGCCGUCAUGAAGGACGCUCCACCAAGCGUCAUCAGAGACGUUCUGUGCGAAGUCGGUCGCGCCAUGAGAAGAUUUCCAAAGCGAAGCUCAAUGUUCUCAACAUCUCCAACCGAGGAGACCGGGUGGCAGAGUGUCAGCUGGAGACCCACAACAGGAAGAUGGUGACCUUUAGGUUUGACUUAGAUGGAGACAACCCUGAGGAGAUCGCUCAGAUCAUGGUCCAGAGUGAGUUUAUCCUGGAGAGUGAGAGGGAGUCAUUUAUCGAGCAGGUCAGAGAGGUCAUAGAGAACGCUGAUGAGAAGGGUCUGGAAAGAGACACAAACAGCCAGAUGGCAGGUGACGCUGCACAGCAGAUUCCUGCCAUAUCUGCCCCCAUGCCAGACAUCCCAUCUAGUGCAACAGCACAAGUGGUCCAUUCAGCAGGUCGGAGAUUCAUCGUCAGCCCCGUACCUGAAGCCAGGCUGAAGGAGCAAAUGUUUCCCACCUCUCCUUCUCCUGCUCCCGCACCUAUUGUUGAAGCAGUUCCUCCAGCUCCAUCUCAGACUCCAGGCCAAGGUUUGGCGUUAUCCCAGUCUGCAGGAGCAAUCAGCUUACAGCAAGCCUUCUCUGAACUCAGACAGAACCAAAAUCAGUUUGAUGCGGGACCCAGCACCGCCCCAGCCUCCAUCCACUCCAGCCAUCCCCCUCUGCAGCCUGCAGCGGCUUCUGUCCCUUCACAGAGCAGCACAGCUCCUCCUGCUGCGGAUGCCACCGCUGGGCUUGUCCCUUCUAAUUUAAACCAGGCACAGGAGCAGGUCUUGGAUGCCACUCUUCCUCCUCUUUCCUCGUCCUCCACCCUCUCCUCCGUGCCCUCCGUCUGUCUCAGUCCUCCUUGUUCUUCUUCUCCUCCUCCCACUGUGGUGAAUCAGUCCAUCCUCCAGUCACAGGUGCUGUCACAGUCCCAACCUCAGACGCAGGUGCAGGUCCAGGGUCAAGCACAAAGUCAGCCCCAGGCGUUCACCCAGUCUCAGCCCCCGACUCUUCCCGCUGUCACUGCGACUCCAGUACCUUCCACUUUACCGACAGCCAGCGUCUCCAGCAUUCCCCCGUCGAUGCUCACCUCUCCUCCUCCCGCCCAGGCUGUUCCCUUUGUGUCCUCCCCUCCCUCCUCCACUCUUAUCGCCAGCGAACUCUCCUCCGAUCAUCCAUCAGUCUGUCCCACAUCCUCCUCCACUCCUUCCCUCUCCUCCUCCGUCAUCCCCACCACCGCCAUCCCAGGUCCCCAGCUUGCACCUUCUGCCUCCUCCCAUCCCGCUCCCACCGCCUCCUCCUCCCCUGCUGUGGGACUCCUGCCAGUGACCACAAAUGUUCCCUCAGUCCAGCCAACUUUGGUCCACUCGCAGCCACAGACGGCAGCCCUGCCCGGGCAGACGCACACACACUGCGGGGAAUGUGAUGCGAGGUGUGAGGCGUCCUCUGAGUCCCAGGGUAAGCCAGAUGACAUCCAAGCUCUGGACAAGAAGCUGCGUUCACUCUUCAUGGACCUCGGUGGAGGGGUGCCAUCCACCCAGGGAGACAUCCUGGCUGGUGACCCUGCCUCUGGAGCCUCUGUGCCAGGUACCUCGUCCCCAAUAGGCCCCUGCUCGACCACCGUCACAUCUGUCACGGCAGCUGGCUCCAGCCAGGCAGCUAAUUCUCCUCAGCCCCCCUCCAGCCUGGCGCUGGGGUCUCUGGUGUCGGCUGUACCAAUGCAGGGCCCUGGGACGCCUAUAUCCACCCCUGCACAGACCGUCAUCCCUGCCUCAUCCUUAGGCCAGACCACUCCAUCCAAAACCCCCUUAUCCAGGGUACCGGCCAGUUCUCCUCCUUCAGAACUCCUGCCAUCCUUCCCUGGACCUUGUCUAAUACAGUCCCAGCAGCCUCUGGAGGACCUGGAUGCUCAGCUGAGGAGAGCCCUGAGUCCAGAGACUGUUCCUGUGAGUUUACACACACAGGCCUGUCAUGGCAGCGUGCCUUCAGCAGGACAAACAAUUCCCUUCUCACUGGAGGAAGAAGCUAUGUCCUCUAAAGCUCCUCCUCCUGCACAUGGUAUUAAAUUGGGAAGAUUCCAGGUCUCUCUGGCUACUGAGGAACCUGCUGUCCAGCGCCCGGCCUGCACUGAAUCUUCCUCCACCACCUCCUCCACCUCGUCUUCCUCCUCGUCAUCCUCCAGUCUCUCCAGCCCGGAGAACACAUUGCACAAAGACUCCUCGUCUCCUCUGAGAGGGGGAGGAGGACAAAGAGGAGACGUUGUGGAUGGACCCCCUCAAAGGACUCCUGGAGGAUCCCACCAGCCCUCGCCUUUCACCUCCCCUUGUCCCUCCCCGAAGCCCACCACUACCAUCGGACGCUUCCAGGUCACCACCAACGCCGAGGCCCGCGUCGGUCGGUUCUCGGUCAGUCGAGCCCAGGAGCAGAGCCUCGAGCCCAGGCAGAGUCCACCCCCACCUGCUGCCAACGGACCCAGCGAUCCCGGCCACGUUUUGACACCAGACUCCACCCACAAAGCCUCCCUGCCCAGCCUGAACAACAACUCCUUCAAUAACUGCUACAUGAGCAGCGACAACGACUCGGAGUUUGAGGAUGAAGACUUCAAACGGGAAGUCAACCGCCUCAGAGAAAAGCACAUGCGUGAAAUUCAGGCCCUCCAUUCCCGCCAGAAGGAGGAAAUAGACAGUCUGUUCACCAGGCUGGGAAAGGUUCCUCCAGCUGCAGUGAUCCCUCCAGUUAUAGCCUUGACUGGUAGGAGGAGACGACCGGCCAAAAGCAAGUCAUCCAAAUCGUCCAGAACCAGCUCCACGCACGGCAGCAAGAGUCCGUUACAGCCAGGCAGCACUUUAUCCGCCCAGAGCGUCCCGACUAUGUACCCCGGCCAGCUGGCUCUGCUGGCCCCGGGAGGACUAGCCGACUCAGCCAGCAGCACCCUGCUCCAGCCUCUCAAACCCUCUCCCUCCAGCGACAACCUGUGUUCGGCGUACACCAGCGAGGCGGCGCUCUCCGUGCCCAGCCUGUGCGCUCCCACCCCAGGCUGUGUAAAGUUCAGCUGGGGUUCGGAGCGUUUGGCCUUCAAGCCUGGCGGCAGGAGGACGCGCUUUCUGAGGAAGAUGGUGAAAAAAGUCUGCCCCUGCAACCAGCUCUGUAGGACUAACAGCACCAACGCAGUGAGCGGUUCAGGCGGUUUGGGUCAGAGCCAAGGGGGCUCUCAGUGCCUGCCGACCAGCAUGUCGGCCCCCCACCAGAGGAAAGGAACCUUCACCGACGACCUUCACAAGCUGGUGGACAACUGGGCCCGAGACGCCAUGAACCUCUCACAGGGUAAAAGGAGUGCCAAACAGCUGCAGCAGGCCCCGACGCAGGGACACAGCUACGAGGUGAUCCAGUCAGCCAGUCUGGGCAGGAAGUACUCAGCUCCCAGUCAGCUCUGUCCCAGCAGCAUAGGUGGUUCAGCCCACCUCCCCACAAACCCCACCACCGCUACCUCUCUGGCCGCCCGCAAGGGCUCCUUAUGCCACCCUCCUGCCUCCUCCACUCCAUCCCAACCCCCCCAGUUCAUCCACUACACCCCCACCUCUGCCUAUAGCGCACAAUGGUCCGGUCCGGCUCACAGCCUGUCGACGCCACACCAGGCACCGACGCAGCCUCUGCUGGUCAGCACCUCCCAGCCCCUGGGCCCCUACCCCACUCCACAGGGCCAGAUUCCCGGGCAGGGGCCGCUGCAGGCUUUCCAUCUGACCAACACUCUGCAGAAGUCCGUCAGCAACCCAGGAGGACCCAACUUGAGGACCACGUAGGGUUUGGAGUGAGGGUUGGCGUGAAACGCGGCCCGACUGGACUGGUGCUGAGCGGAGAGUGGAUCGACUGGAGAGAGCAGAAGAACUGAAGGAGAGUUUGAAAUGUUGGUGGCUGUUCAAGAGGCGAGAAGAAAUCAGGAAAUGCAAUCUCAGCUCUGCUUCCAUCACUGUGUGGGAAGCUGUCACAGACACACGACCUCCCUCUCCGCUGUGGGCUCGUGACAGCUCGCCAAAUGAUCAAGGAUAAAGGAAAAGACUCAUCAGUGCAAUGUUAAACGGCCAAAGAGGUUCUGACAGGGUUGCAGGAUUGUUGUCAGCGACUGUUUGCGUGUGAGAUGUUGUUUAUGGGCACUUACGGCUGGGUCACACUUGUUCCAUUUCAUGCUCUAGCUGAGCGCGUGCAUGACGGGGCAGCAGUUAUUAGCUCGAUGGUGGUGGGAAGACAUUACAUCAGGGCUGAGGAGGAGGAGGAGGAGGAGGAGUGUGGUGGCCAGCUUUUACAAACCUUUGCCCUUCUGUCCACGCAGCUCCUCUUAAUAACUUCUUAUUGGUACAGAUUUUAGUGGGAAGAGCUGGUUGUUGCCUCUGCUAUCUGUGUGCAUCCAGUCUUUGCAGCACAGCAGCUUUCUUUGCUUAUCACAACAACAUGCUGUAGUCUUAGAUCGACUUGAAAAGGCUCUCAAAGACGACAGAAACAUGCAACAAUGCGGCGUUUCCACUAAAUUUAAGGAGGAAGCUGGUGGACGAGCGUGGCCUUGCUUCGGUGUAAUCAAACACAGGCAGUGGAUACAAGGAAAGACGCACAUAAAAGCUUUGUUAUCAGGUAAAGGCAGAAAAGACGAGGGUUUAUUAUUUAGCUCAUCGUAGGAUGGUUUCCAUUAAAAGCACAAAGAACAAAUCCAACAGUUGCAUACUGAGAACAGGUGUAGCCCAGCGCUCUGUGGGGUUGUGACUUGACAGCUUCUCCUCUGUUACCUUCUGUGUCUUGUUUUUCCCCUCGAUCUGACAAACUAUUCAAACAGACAGAGAGAGACGGAGGAAGGGAAGCGGUCGAAGAGGAGUGUUUGUAUUAAAUAACAGUCAAACGCCUCAUCUGUUUCCUGUUGCGCCGCUCGCUUCAGGAACGUGACUGAUGCUCCCGACGCCUCCUCGCGAAUCACGACUCCACCUCUUCCUCCGUCCCUCUCUUCACCUCUCUGUUGCCAUUUGAAGCAAUAACAGCAGAAACCUUUUAGAGGAGAGAAGGAAAAAAAAAGAACAACAAAAAAAAAAAAACGCCCGAACACGAGAGAACUCAGCGUGCAAAAGUGGCCUUGUUAUCAGAAUAAUAUCAGAGUCCUUGUACAGUUUGUGUCUGUUUAUUUUUUAGAAUGUCAGCUAUGAUGAUUCCAUUUUGUUGCUCAUUUUGGUUUUGUUGUUUUUUUGUUUUUUUUGCUUGCUGCUGCCCCCAGCUAGCAAUCUGACACACACACACAUACACACACACACUCGCACAAUGCACAUACCUGCAGACACACACGGAUCAUGUAAAUACACUCACACGGCGUCGGAGGCGUAGCAGCUGUUUAACCGUCUUAGACUCAUAGACUAUGCCUCAGUUUUUCUUAGUGUCAUGACUAGGUUGGAUUUCAACGUUUGGGUUGAAAUGAUUGCAAUGUACAUUAUUAUCAUAAUUAUUGUUGUUAAUGAUUAUUAUUCUAUUUAAAAAGAAACAAAAACAAAAACGUGUUCUGUCAAAUGGACCUGUUCUACGUGCACAUCGGCGCACGAUGUGGAGACACUGUGAUUCUUGUUGUUUGUUCUUAGCAAAUGUUGUUGGACGACAUUAGUUUUAGGGUGAAAUGUCACGAAUUUAAAAACAAAAAAAAAAAAAUUAAAAACACAAAAAGCGUACAGAGAACAGUUUGGGGUCCUUUCGCUUUCAAUUCAGUCUUUUUUUUUUUUUUUUUUUUUGCAUCAAUAUGUGAAAAAUCCAACACCCCUCUUUUUCAAUAAGCGUCCUUCCAUCCAUUUAGCGAGGACACACUUCAGAACCGAUGCCUUACCUACAACUAAUCAACCACAGUUUCAGUUCACCUUCGGAACCGAUUGAAUUGAAAGUCGAAACCGACCUCCAAGCCUGAGUGUAAAGACAAAAACCGGAGUGAACGGCAGGAUAGUUGAUAUUUAGAUAAUAAAGUAAAGCUAGCUAUUUUUUUCUUAAUACAGUACUUAUAUAUCAGACACUUUAAAUAGCCCUCCUCUUCCCUUUCUCCCCCCGGUUUUGUUAGAUGAAUGUGAAUGUAUAAACCAAUGGUGUCCAUUUUAAUGUACUUGAAAAACAAAAAAACUCUUUUGUCUUUUUAUUUUCCGCCUGUCUUCGCUUCUCCUGACCCCUCCGCCGCCCUUAGAGCCUCCGCUGAACGCUGGAGGUAUUUACUAGUGCCUUGCAUCCUUCCUGUUGCUUCUCUGUUCGGGGGGUCGAGGACUUGGGUUUAAAAGUAAGCACAUUUAACAGGACGUGUGCGGCAUAUCGAGGUGUCACUUUGGAGUUAGAUUGUAAUAACGGCAUGUGUGUGCUGAGGCUGGUUUGUGGUUAAUUCUCUUGAGUGUGUUUUCCGCAAAAUGCAAAAAAAAAAAAAAAAACUUGAACUCACUCCCAAAUUGACCGUGAAAAAUAACCCAACUGGGCUGAUAGGAAGAUGAAUUGACCCUUCGAGCCGAAAGGAUUGACCUCUGAAGAUUGGAAAAGGCUACCGUUUGACAUCAGUGUUGUUUCUAUUGCUGUAUUUUCUCAGUUUUAAGGAGGGAGUUAUUGACGAUUGUAUCUGAAGCUUGGACCACUCUGUACUUAAGAGGCGCCGACCUGGGUGCAGCAUACAGUCAGGACAGGAUGGUGCAGUGGGAUAACAUUAUUUUUUAGUGGAAUACAGAUUUUAUAAGAUUUUCCUGUGAGAUUAGCUAAAAUCAAAAGUCGAGCCCAUCCAGUUUAUUGAUGCAAUAUCGGCCUGUCGCUGAUAAAUUAGCAUCAAUAUUGUCCAAUACACUUUCUUUUACAGAACAUAAUACAGAAAACGCUCCUUGGGAUAAUUCUGAAUUGUUGUCAUAGUUUGUCCAGUAGAGCAGCUCCAUUGUUUUCAAUUCUCAGCACGGUCUGCAGCACAUGUAGCAGAGCAGUUGGCGGUGCCGAGUCGAGCCCUGUCCUCUUGGUAAGUUGCUAACUAGUUUUUGAAAGUCAUUGCUGAGAGUUAAUAAAUAAUGACUCCAUCAUUUUCCUUUUUCAGUACAUCUCCAACAUACUCGAUGUAUGUUUAGGAAGAAUAGAUAUCAAUAUCAGAACUUCUUAUUCCCUAAGACCUCUCCCAUAGCUCGCAGAAAUCUGGUGUCAGCUGAAGUGGGUUUAAGGAGAAUCACAGUGCUGGGUUGUGAAAUAGCCUCAGUGCUGUGGCCUCUGGAGUUUCUUUGCCUGGUUUUGCGCACAACAGUAUUGUCAUUCAGUAAACAGAAGGAUGACUAAAUAACCAGCAGUCAGUGUUUAAAAAAUGUAACGCUCAUAAAUCCAGCUAAGCUGCUCUAUCGUGACUGCUGGGGAGCGCUUUGACAACAGAUUCAGAUUUAAAGUUACCAAAUCUUUAAUGGUGCACAUAAAUACUGUGUGUGACAAACCAGUAAGAAAGCAAAUAUGGACACCUGUCUAGUAGAAUGAGCAAAACUGGCUUAAAAUUGUGUUUUUAUUUAAUAACCCACCAUUCGUAGUGAAAAAAUUAAAAACUGGUGGAAAAUUGUUCAAAGUGUCAAGAGCAGCAUAAAAACGUUGAGGCAAACCUUUCUAGCAGCCCAUUAUAUUAUCAUCCCACUGGAAAAGAUGGACUCGUAGCUGCACACUUGGAGGUUGAACAGAAUUGAUUCAUAGAAACGACUUUGUAGACCAAAAAUCGAAGCUUUAACAAACAUUUGAAUGUGAGGGCAUCGCAGCGUCGCCGGUGGCUACGAUGAUUCAGCCGGCGGUUAAAACGAUGGAGCUGAUUGUGAUAAUGGAUCCAAGGCCUUUGACGCCCUUUUUCUUCUUUUCAUUUGUCGGCGCAAAUGAAACCCAUCUGGUACAAACUUCACUCAAAAAGCGUAUUUUUUUGCGUUGAAUGGAUGUUUCUGAAUUUAUCUAAAAAAAAAUGUUACUUUGUAAAGUUUGUAUAAAAAUAAUUUGCUUUUGCCAGUUUCUUUGUGAUAUUUCUUCAUUUCUCACAGACGAUAAUGCAACAUUUUAACUACUAGGCAAGUUUGGUUGAAGCUGUGAAUAAUCAUUGAGCCACUUUGCUUUAGCGUUCUGUCUUUAAUGAUGAUGAUGCCGCCGACUCAGUGCCAUGUGACCUUUAAGUUCAUCGGUGAAGUGGAAACAUCGGAAAGAAAACAGCGUAUUUACCUGCUUUUGGGAUUUUCACUUUGCACCAAGCCUCAAAAGAUCUCCACAUUUGAAGCUUGAUGAUAUUUUGCUGUGUCUAUACUACAUAAGUACAGAGAAAAGAAUACCUACUGUGCAAUCGCUUGCAAUGCAAUAUUAACAAAGUGACGGUAUGCUAUGGAGCUCUGAGGUUACAGUGAGGUUUGGGUUCUGUUAUUGUGAAGAGCUUUAGUGGAGGAAUGGCUGUGAAAGGGUUUCCCAGUACAACGAGGUGAAGUUAAAGUAGGAUUCAGUUUCUGGUGACACACACACACACACACGGUUGUAGCAUUUAACUCACUUUCAUUCUAUCUGUAGUUUCUGUUCUCCAGUGUUUUGCCUGUUCAGGACUCGCUGACCCUUUAUGCUUCUUACUGUUGAAGUGCCCACAUGGAGAGAAUUUUUUUUAAAAGCCUUUCAGUGCACCAACAAACAUUCAGAUUCACUGCAUCUCUCGCUGAUUUACGUCGCUUGCUCCUGUGAAAUGAUGUCUGUAGUGCGGCAACAGUUUCUCAGACUGUUACUGAAACCUUUUUUUUUUUGCUUCCGGUCCGUCUGAUGCUCUCACCUUUUAUUUUUAACUCUCACUUGUUUUAUGUGCCGUUUUAAUGUUUCUAACAGCACCUAAUUUAAUUCAGUGGUUUCCUUUUUCUGUAUCGUGGUUGACAUUGUACAAAAGUGGUUGGAUUUAAAUAUGAAUAAAAAAAACAAAACAAUGGAUGAAUGAAUGAAAGAAAAACAAAAAAUACAUGUAGGGAGUCAUCGGCAGCCUUUAACGGUAUGUUUUGCACUAAGUAUAGAGUGUUCAAGCUUCAUAUUAAAAACAAAACUUUGCGCUUUGCGCUACAAUACAAUGAAAUUUGUUACUUUAUUUGUAAAAACUUAAUAAAUAAAAGUUGUUUAAAUGAA